AUGACUGCAGCAGACAAGACUGCCCUCCCGACUUCGGUGGGCUUCAUCGGCCUUGGGGCGAUGGGGAGGCCCAUGGUCAGCAACCUGGCCAAGAAGCUGCCUCGGGGAUCAAAGAUACACGUCUACGACGUGGUGGCUGCCGAGAUAGAGGAGGUGUGCAGCUUGUUUCCAUCUAUCGUGAACAAAUGCGCCAACGCAAAAGAAGUAACAGAAAGAUCUGAAGUCGUCAUUACCAUGCUUCCCGAGGGAGCCCACGUCAAGUCUGUCUACCUUGGCGAAGAUACUGGCAUCUUCGCUGGCCUCUCAACGUCGACUACUCCCAAGCUCCUCAUCGACUCUUCGACAAUCGACACUGCCACCAACUUGUAUGUUAAGUCACGUCUUGCGACGGCCUUCCCAGAUACAUCAUUCUACGAUGCACCUGUUAGCGGCGGAGUGAUUGGCGCUGUGAACGGCACGAUUGCCUUCUUUCUUGGCUGCGAUUCGACGGAUCCCAACGUGCCCAACCUCACCAGCCUCUUGCAGCUCAUGGGAGGCAAAGUCAUACCUUGCGGUGGGCCCAGCCUGGGCCUCGCCGCGAAGCUCUCCAACAACUACCUCUCCGGGCUGAUCACCAUCGCCACCGCCGAGGCCAUGGACAUGGGAAUGAGGGCCGGCAUUGAUGCGCGCGUCCUCGCCUCGGUGUUCGGGGCUGGCACUGCGCAGAACGCCAUCUGUGACGUGUUCAACCCGGUACCUGGGGUGUGUCCUCGGGCCCCAUCCUCACAAGGAUACAAGGGCGGUUUCCGGGUGCAGCUGAUGCGCAAGGACGUUGGCCUCGCCGUCGACAUGGCUCGGCGUGUCGGGUCCCGGAACGUAUUAGGGGCGACUGGACUUGGGGUGUACGCCGCGGCGAGCGACGCUGCCGACUGUCGUGAUUUGGACUCCAGGGUGGUCUUUCGAUAUCUGGGUGGCAAGGAGGACUGGGAGAAGGAGUAA